AUAUACAGUCCUUCGCUGCUGCAAUGUAUCCAGGUUGAGAAUACAAAAGCUGAUCAUCCUAUUGACGUUUGCAUGUUUCACCUUGGUCCUCUACGGAAGGCACUUCUACCUCUUCAAAACAUCACAGUUUCCUACGAACUUUACAUCACAAUAUCCGUUUUUUACGCGUGAGGUUAUCAAUCCAUAUACAUUUGAGUAUGUCAUUCAACCAAGAGUGAAUUGUUCUGGUCAGAAAGUUGAACUGGUGAUCUGUGUGAUCAAUACCGGCGAUAACCACUCUGGUAGAUCAGUCAUAAGAAAGACUUGGGGCAGCUAUGCCAAGGAUCCCAACAAUAAAGCUGUCUUGUUGUUUUUUAUUGGAUGGGAGAAUGGAGAACUGGAUACAGCAAGUAGAUUGGUCAGACAAUCUAAACUGCAGGAAGAGGCUUCAACCUUUGGUGAUAUAGUUCAAGAAAACUACUUGGACAGUUACAGAAACCUGACUUUGAAGUCUGUGUCCAUUCUAAGAUGGGUGAACUUAUUUUGCCCCAAUACUAAAUAUAUUCUGAAGGUAGAUGACGAUGUUUAUAUGAAUAUUCCUUUUUUGAUGUCAUCAUUGGAGGAAUUCAUAGUCGAAUCAUCUCCUCCAAGUGCAUUUAUUAUUGGUUAUAAGUAUACGAUUUCGUUCCCAAAAAGAAAUCCCACGUCGAAAUGGUACACACCCUUCUCUGUCUAUAGAGAACUGUUAUUUCCAAGCUACGUUACUGGCCUAGCGUACGUGAUGACAAGUGAAGCUGGCACGCUUAUUUACGAAGCAUCUCUGAGAGUGACGAUAUUUUGGCUUGAAGAUAUCUAUAUUACUGGAAUGUGUGCUAGAGAGGCCCAUGUCCCAGUCUAUCAUAGUAAAUAUUUUACUCUGGACACGCUUGUGGCAUCUGGCUGUUCAUUUAGAACCAUGGUAUGCAGCCACAGAUACUCUGAAGAGGAAAUGGUAAAGAUUCACAGGGAAAUAAAUGAUAAAAAUCUCCAGUGUUGA